UUGAUGCCAGAGAGGGAGAGCUGCUUUCAGGGAACGAGCCCCUCAGCUCCCACUGUGUCUUGAAGCCUUUGACCAGCUGGCCCUACUGUUGCUGCCACUGGCUCUGAUAAUACUUCUCAGCCAAGGCCAGGCUGAGGGAGAAGGAUUGAGGGCUGAGUGUUGAGAGUGACAAGAGGCCAGGGGAACCAGCAUGCCAAGAAACCAGGAUGCUUACAAAAUCUGUGUAUCAGGAUUAGGACAAAAUUCUGUACCACAGAAGAGCACUGUGUAUCAGAAAAAGGACUGAGGGCACUGCUCAGACUGGAAUACUGGGUCAGAGUCAGUUUAGGGGUCAGAGUGUGGGGGCGGGAGGAGGGCACAUAGACUGCUUCAUGACUCUGCUUUCUCUUACAGGUCCCCUAUUUGGUGACGUGUCUUUUGAAACUGUGGAAGGCACGCACGUUGGUAAAGCACUGCACAGUCCUCUCUAGUCUUGUCCCCAUCUGGGCCCUCACUGCUCUCUGCUGCCCGUUUCCUCUCAGUCCCUCCCUCCUUCCAGCCUUAAUCUCCACUUUUCUAACCUUCUCUACAGCACCUCGCCAGAUUUCCUCACCUCAAAGGUGACAAACUGCUAGUCUUUGUUGUUUUGAGACAGACUCAUGGAACCCAGGCUAGCCUCGAGCUCCUUAUAUCCCCACAGGGGUUACAGGCUUGUGCCAGCAUGCCACCCUCAAGUGGUGAUGAGGAUCGUGGCAAGGACUUCAUGCAUGCUAAGCAAACAAUUUACCAGCUGAACUACAUCCAAAGACCUCACUUUGAGGGUCUUCAGUUCACACUGGAAAUGAGCACCUGACAUAGAAUCCAGAAGUGAACCAAUCACCCCGACAUUUUGACCUCUGUCUUUUUCUCCACAGGUCCUACAGACUGUGUCUUCCUCCUGAUUCCACCCAGAGAGUUGCGGUUGUCCCUCAGCUCCCAGGGACAGCUCUCAUUCUCUGUCUCCAUACAUCCUCAGCGAAUGGCUGAGGAAACGUGAGGAGCCAAGCUUAGAUGCAGGCUCUGGCCUGAGCAAGCCACAGCCAGGUAGAAGAGGCCACGUGUCCCCUUGGCCUGCUGCUGAUGCCUGCAGCAGAACGAGGCUGCUGCGGCCACACUGUGCACAGAAGGCAGCCUUGACUACCAGCCACAGCUGGCUUCAGAGAUCCCCACACUGACUGUUAGGUCUUUAACCACUUACUGGUCUUGUCACCCCAUCCCCUUGCCUCCAGGAUUCAAGGCAAUGUUGCAUCAAAACAAGGACCAGGUGCUGCUACAGAACACAGUACCCCCAGAGUGUCCCCCUCAGGUCCUCUCACAGUUCGUGGACUCCCCUCCACCCAACUUAGCAUCUCUUUCUCCCCAUCAGACCCUCCCUUCCCACUUUCCUUUGCCCACCACCACGCACGCGUUUUUUUCCUCCUUCUCUGACACAGAUCCACUCCUACCAGUCCCCUCCCCCCCUCCAGGACUUUCAAAGCACCACGAUCACUUCCCCCAGCCCCACCUCACCUUCUCAAGGAAUUCAGAGUAACAAGCAAGCAUGGCAGUGUCCUCCAUCCAGAAGCAUCGGGUCCCCUGGAGCGGCAGGGGGAUGUGUGCCAAGCAAGAUGGGCCCUGCAGAAUUCAAGGACCCAAGGGCCCUCGCUCAAGCCCUGGCGGUCCGCAGAAUUGCACAAGACCUACAGCUACAGUUUCUGCAGCGCCUGUGGGUAGGCACAACCGGCACAGCCCCAGUCGUGGAGUACCCCAUAUGUCUAGUGUGCCUCCAGCUCCGCACCCCGUCUUGCCCCACUCCCAAGUACAAGACUAUACCCCGUCUGCUUGCCUUCCCUCAACUACUGCCCUGUGCCCAGGGCCAGGAAUAUGGGAGCCUCCGACUAAGCAUUGGCUACGGCCUCUGCCUGCCUCGGGGUCAGGCCAAGUCUUUGCAUCUGCUCCAAAAAAAAAGUCCGGCGGGAGCAGAGUCCCAGGAAGAGUCCCUCCACAGUCAAAAGCCUGUAACCCAAGCAUCAGUUCAAAUCACCGGCACGUUCUUCCAGGCCGGGAGCCUCCGGUCUGUAGACCUUCAAUCACCAAAACCCAACCAGUGUUGCAGGUCUCUACUUCAGGAGCCAAGACAGGCCACUGUGUCCCCAAAACCCAGGUCUUCUGUCUCAAAGAGGUCUCUGUCCCUAAGGUCUAUUCUCCUAAAGUCGCCAUCUUAAUUCCAGAGCAGCGGAGACCCUCUGGAACACCCCCUCCAAACCCCAUCCUCCCUACCAGGACUUCUCAGACCUUGGGGAGGCACAGAGACACCUUGAAGGGCUGGCUGGCCAGAAGCCAGGUGUGUUCUCCUGCCCUGAACCCUGGGAACCCCUUGUGGAGUUUGCUCUCCCCUAGUUGAAGAAACCAGAGGCACCCAAGGCCUCAUUUAGCCUUCAGUAUAUCCAAUAAAGCCUAAC